AUGGAGAAUCGAAGAAAGGCUAAAGAAAAUCUUGAAAAUCAGGCAGUUAAAAUGAAAACAUGGUCAGAUAAAAAAUUUAAACCGGCUGAAGUAGGUGCUACAGUUAGAGUUCCAGUUCCCGAUGUGGACAAAGGUCGCGGAGAUGCUCGAAAUAUUUUAGCUGUUGUUAUAGAGGUAACAGUUGAUGGGUAUUAUAGAUUAGGGACUAAGGAAGGGCUUUUAAAAUCUUUAUAUUCAAGGUCUCAAUUUUCAAUAUGCCAAAAAAAUUUAAUAACAAUUGACCAAGUUCCAAGAGAAAAUACAUUUGCUUUACGCACAAUUGCAACUCAAAAAUCUACAGGAACUGGACAAGGUUUUAUAAAAUGCACAUGCAAGACAAAGUGUCAAUCCAAAAAAUGUUUGUGCGUAAAGAAUAAUAUUUUAUGCAGUUCGAAAUGCCAUUCAUCAUCUGUAUGCUGUAAUAAAUGA